GUUUGCAGUGUCUGGAAGACGCAUGGUAUCGAAACGUAUUCAAUUGCAACAUUUAUUGUGUUUGUUAUUAUUUAAUUAUUUUUAAUUCAGUGGAAAUUUAUAAUACUAAUUCCCGUCACUUUGAGUUGAAGUGUCGAGUUAGACGUAAGCUGUUUUGACAAGUAAACAUUUGCAAGCCAAAUAUAAAACCUCAAACAUAUAACCUGGCCGGCAAUCAUUCAACGUCAAAUCAGAAAACUGAAUGACGUCCAUGUACAUUUUACAAAUAAAUAAAUAAAUCAAUUAAAAAUGGAUAUACACGAAAGUCAACUAAAAGAGGACUGGAGGAAAUUAAUAACGAAUUUACAAAAGUUUUUACCAAAGAAAAAAGACAUAUUCGUUUUAAGGCCACGGGUGUCGAUGACAAGAUUGAGUGACGUCCACGGUGAGGCCAAGAAUGUCUUCCCACAGUGCUUUGCCGGUACCAAAAUCGUAAUAUACAAGGAUGUUAUGAACAAAGUGAAACUUGUCCAGAAUUACUCUUUUGGGAAAUCAAAGGCUCCGCACACCUGCUACUCCCGAUUGAUUCACAAAGAAAUGGAAGCUAAGAAUUCUGAAGAGGGCCUUGUUGUUGAUUUGGCUGGAUCAGCGACCGCCACCUACCGGGAAACGCUGGAGGACAACCUGGAAAUAAGAAUGACAACCAAGAUUCGUGACUUGGUGUCGUCAGAGGUUGAAGCAGUCCUCGAAAAGGAAACAGAUCGGUUCAUUGGCUCAGUUUCGUUCGGUAUGAAGGAUGUCGACGUAAAUACGUCGAAGUAUGUGAUUCAAUGCAUGUACAAAGCCUUGCCGGGCUUUAGUUUUGGCAGUGAGUUUGGUCAUAAGCCACUUUCGUUGGCUCAGCCAUGGCUCUCGUUCAGCUUAAGGUACGACAAGCCAUCUUUUACAGUAUCUUCAACUUACAGCAUGGUCGGAUUCCAGACAUGUUUUUACAAACAAUUUGCGCAGAAACUCCGAAUAGCAACGAUUGUUAAUAAAAAUCACGGAGGUCCAACAACCCUGAGCGUUGCGCUGAAUAAGAUUUGUGAGAAUGGUACGGAACUGAAGAUGUUUGUAAACUCCCAGCUGUAUAGUGGUUUUACCGUUGAGAAGGAUGUGUUUUUUCAAGACGUAGAUACGGAGACGCGUGUGGUUCGACUCCUGGCCAGCACGCUGAUUGACGGACGGAAUCGGGUCCGCUUUGGAUUUGGGAUUCACCUGGACUUUUAAUAAUUUUGAAAUUCCUUGUUAGUUUUUUGUAGUAAUAUUUGUUUGUAUAUAAGUAUACAUAGGUUUUAAUAAACGUUUUGAUUCAGUGAUGUUUAAAAGAAAUUUGUUAUUAUG